CAAAACUAGAAGAAGACUUAGAAGACCUACCAGUGCACCAGAAGAGUCAUCCUCUUCGUCCGUUUCUGUAUCUAAUGCACGUAGCACUCGUGUAUCAUCUAAAAAAGCUACAGAAAGUUCGGCAGAGAAACAAACAGAUCAAGAAUCGUCACCCUCGACGGCCGUCACACGUUCUCGUUUACGUUCGAAAUCAAAAUUACGCAGUGGUGAUACAGGCCUCAUAGCUAGCGGUUCCAGUCUCAAGGGUAAAAAGACCAAAGCUGAUGAUGGAGGAAAGAAAAUUGUUUGCUACUAUACAAAUUGGUCACAAUAUAGACCAAAAAUUGGUAAAUUCAUGCCUGAAGAUAUACCGGCCGAUUUGUGUACACACAUCAUUUUCGCAUUUGGUUGGUUGAAAAAGGGUAAAUUGAGUUCUUAUGAAUCGAAUGAUGAAACUAAAGAUACCGUGCCCGGUUUAUACGAUCGUAUGAUGACUUUGAAGAAGGCUAAUCCUAAGUUGAAGAUUCUCUUGGCUUUGGGCGGUUGGUCUUUUGGCACUCAGAAGUUCAAAGAAAUGGCUGCCACUCGCUAUACACGUCAAACCUUCAUUUACUCCGCCAUACCUUUCUUGCGCAAACGUGGUUUUGACGGUUUCGAUUUGGAUUGGGAAUAUCCUAAAGGUUCUGAUGAUAAGAAAAACUUUGUUUUGUUGCUUAAGGAAUUGAGAGAAGCUUUUGAAGCUGAGGCUCAGGAAUUGAAAAAACAACGUUUAUUGCUUUCUGCUGCCGUACCUGUUGGUCCCGACAAUGUCCGUGGUGGCUAUGAUGUGCCCGCUGUGGCUAGUUAUUUGGAUUUCAUUAAUUUAAUGGCUUACGAUUUCCAUGGCAAAUGGGAACGUGAAACUGGUCACAAUGCUCCACUCUAUGCUCCUUCCACAGAUUCCGAAUGGCGCAAGCAAUUGUCCGUAGAUAAUGCCGCUAAUAUGUGGGUAAAAAUGGGAGCUCCUAAGGAGAAGUUGAUUAUUGGUAUGCCAACAUAUGGUCGCUCCUUUACUUUGGCCAAUACAGCCAAACAUGGACCCAAUGCACCAGCAACUGGCGGUGGUCGCGAGGGUAUUUACACUAAAGAAAGUGGUUUCUUGGCUUAUUAUGAAAUCUGUGAAAUGCUUUUGAAUGGUGCCGUUUAUGUAUGGGAUGAUGAAAUGAAAGUACCUUAUCUGGUGGAUGGAGACCAAUGGGUGGGUUUCGAUGAUGAACGUGCCAUUCGUAAUAAAAUGAAUUGGAUUAAGACAAAUGGUUUUGGUGGUGCCAUGGUUUGGACUGUUGAUAUGGAUGACUUUAAGGGCGAAGUAUGUGGUGGUAAUGUUAAAUUUCCUCUCAUUGGCGCUAUGCGUGAAGAAUUGUUGGGCAUCUCCAGAGGCAAGGAAGCCAAGGAUGUUAAUUGGUCUGAAGUGGCUGCCACCUUUGAAGAUUUAGAAGAGGAAGAGGUUGAGAAACCCGAACCCAUUAAAAUUUCCGUCGAUGAAAUUCUUGCUAAGGUUCGCAAGCCCGUUAAGAAACACAAAGUCAAAUCUGGCUUGGUGGCUAAAGAUCAAAAUUCACGACCUGCUCAAGUAUUCUGUUAUUUGACCAGCUGGUCCUCAAAACGUCCUGGUGCUGGCAAAUUUGAACCUUCACACAUUAAUCCCAAGUUAUGUACUCAUGUCGUUUAUGCUUUUGCUACCUUGAAGGAUCACAAAUUAGCCGAAAAUAGCGAUGAAGAUCCCGAUAAUUACGAACAAGUUAUAGCCUUACGUGACACUAAUCCCGAUCUACAAAUUUUGUUAGCUAUAGGCGGCUGGGCUUUUGGUUCUACUCCCUUCAAAGAACUUACCUCCAAUGUGUUCCGUAUGAAUCAAUUUGUUUAUGAAGCCAUUGAUUUUUUACGUGAUUAUAAAUUCAAUGGUCUUGAUGUCGACUGGGAAUAUCCUCGCGGUUCCGAUGAUCGGGCUGCUUAUGUUAAUUUGUUAAGAGAAUUGCGUGUGGCUUUCGAGGGUGAGGCAAAAUCUUCUGGUCUUCCUCGUUUGCUCUUGACUGCGGCAGUACCAGCUUCUUUUGAAGCUAUAGCAGCCGGUUAUGAUGUACCAGAAAUUUCGAAAUAUUUGGAUUUCAUUAAUGUAAUGACUUACGAUUUCCAUGGUCAAUGGGAGCGUACAGUGGGACACAAUUCACCUUUGUUCCCUCUAGAAUCUACCACAGGCUAUCAAAAGAAAUUGACAGUAGAUUACAGUGCACGCGAAUGGGUGAAACAAGGUGCUCCUAAAGAGAAGCUACUUAUUGGUAUGCCCACCUAUGGUCGUUCAUUUGAACUUAUAAACGAAACACAAUUCGAUAUUGGUGCCCCAGCAUCAGGAGGCGGUAGUCCCGGCAAAUUUACCAACGAAGCUGGUUUCCUCAGUUACUAUGAAGUCUGUUCAUUCUUGGCGGCCGAUAAUACAACAUUGGUGUGGGAUUCUGAGCAACAAGUACCAUUUGCCUAUCGUGAUAACCAAUGGGUGGGCUUUGAUGAUGAACGUUCCCUUAAAACAAAGAUGGAAUGGUUGAAGGAACAAGGUUUUGGUGGCAUUAUGGUCUGGUCCAUUGAUAUGGAUGAUUUUACGGGACGCUGUGGCAAUGGAAAAUAUCCCUUACUAAAUGCCCUUAAUGAUGAACUUAAAGACUACAAAGUAACGCUGGAAUAUGAUGGUCCCUAUGAAUCUCGCGGUCCUAGAGGAGCAUACACAACAAAAGAUCCCCAUGAGGUAACCUGUGAAGAGGAAGAUGGUCAUAUUAGUUAUCAUAAAGAUUGGAGUGAUUGUACCCACUAUUAUAUGUGUGAGGGAGAACGCAAACAUCACAUGCCAUGUCCUGCCAAUUUGGUAUUCAAUCCCCAAGAAAAUGUAUGCGAUUGGCCAGAGAAUGUUGAAGGCUGUCAUGUACCUACCGAAGCUCCAGCCUAAAAAUAGUUAUUACGGUUUUAUAUUGUACUUUAACAUCUUUUUUUUAUUAACUGACAUCCUUUCACUGCCCAGUGCAAUUAGAAUUGAGAA